UCUUCCUUCACAGCCACUUUAAUCUUCCUCCUCUCCUAUCUCAAACUACUCUCUAUCAGCUAAGCUUGCUACGUUUUCUUUCAUCCAACAAGAACAAAUGGCCGAUGCAAUCCUGUAUGGCGUUGUACGGAAGAUCAUCGAAAGCUUGGGCUCCUCCACUCUCAAACAGAUUGGAUCCAUCUGGGGUGUCAAAGAUGAUCUCGAAAAAAUGAACAACACUGUUCUCGCUAUUCAAGCUGUACUUGAAGAUGCAGAGCAACAGGUCCAGAACCACCAAGACGAGCACUGGCUCAUGAAGCUCAGAGAAGUAGUUUUUGAUGCCGAUGACUUGCUGAGCGACUUCUCCACUCAUGUGUUUCGGCGUAAGGUGAUGGGUGGUGAUAAAAUGGCAAAGAAGGUACGCGUUUUCUUUUCAAGUUCAAACCAAAUAGUUUUUAGUCUUAAGAUGGCUUGCAAAAUAAAAGCCAUGAGGGAGAGGCUUAAUGAUAUAGCAUAUAAUAGGAACAAUUUCCAGUUGAUACAGCGUCCUUUAGAGACACAGGCUGUGACUAGGGAGAGGGAAACAAAGCUUGCGAUGGGGGAGAGGGAAACUCACUCAUUUGUACGUAAAGAAGAAGUUAUUGGGAGAGAGGAGGAUAAGAUGGCCAUCAUAGGUCUAUUGCAAGACUCUGAUGUGGAAAAGAAUGUUUCCUUUAUAGCCAUAGUGGGAAUCGGAGGGCUAGGGAAGUCCACACUUGCUCAAUAUAUAUACAAUGAUGAGAUGGUCAAUGCUCAUUUUGAAUUGAAAAUGUGGGUCUGUGUCUCUGAUGUCUUUGAUGUGAAAACCAUUGUUGAAAAUAUGAUUACAUCUGCAACUAAAAAAAAACCCGAAAGCCUGCUAAUGGAACAUUUGCAAGAUGAACUUCGCAUAAUUCUCAAUCAAAAAAUUUAUUUACUUGCGUUGGAUGAUGUGUGGAAUGAGAACAAAGCAACAUGGGGUAAAUUGAAAGCACUUUUGUUGGAUGGAAAAAAGGGAAGUAAGGUGGUGAUUACUACACGGACCAAAUUGGUUGCAGAUGUUACUAGCCCAUUCUCACAAUAUUAUCUAAGAGGCCUGUCAGAUGAUCAAUCUUGGGCUUUGUUGAAGCAAAUGGCGUUUGAAGAAGGAAAAGAGACCAUCAAUAGCGAUUUUGAAGUAAUUGCACAAGGGUUGAUCCAAUCACCAGAUGAGAACUUACUACUAGUGGAUGUUGCUGAUGAUUACUUCAAAGAGCUACUUUGGAGAUCAUUUUUCCAAGAAGUAGGAGAAGAUGAGGGCAUGACUAGGAGGUUUAAGAUGCAUGAUUUAAUCCAUGAUCUUGCACAAUCAGUCUCAAAGAAAAGAACAAGAGGAUUUCAAAUGGGAAGAAUGGAGGGAAGAAGAAAGCUUAUUCUUGACGAUUCAAAAGUUGGUACACAAGGUUCUUCUAGACAAAAUAUGGCUGAUUCAACCAUGGAUGAUGAAAAGACAAAAAAGUAGCACCGGUGCCUUUCUUUUUGCAAUCACCCUAAAGUUUCGUUUCAUGUGGCCUUAUUGGGGAUCACGUGGCAUUGGUGCUUUACAGCCCAGUCAACCGGUGCAAGUCUACCAAUGCACUGUCAAGCCCCUCAUGCCUGCCCGCAGCACAUAUAGAUGUGGGGUUUUGCUCUGCUGCAAUUGGAUAAAGACUUUCAUGCGACUCGUCCUAACACCUUAAGGUUUUGGGAGCAUUAGUUAGCAUCACGGCCCUAACAAUAUUGGCUUGAAUUGGUUCCAAGUGGAAAACCUUCUGAAACAGGUUUCAUCAUGGGUAGUGAAUUUGAGAAACAAGACAGCAACAUCAUUUCAAUUUUUCUUGAAUUAUUGAGGUGAUGAUUUAAUUGGUUUUAAAAGUUCUAUGGAAGAAGAAUGUCAUCAUAUCGAUGAAGGAAGCUUGUGGUAUGGGAGGAGAAUUGGUUCAAAGAUGAUGGGAUUUAAAGAGAAGAUAGCCCUCAUGACUGCUACAAUGUUUGGAAGCAAGGGUGUGUUGAAUUUUAUACUGGAAACCAGUUGUGUUGAUGUUAACCAGGCUUGUGGUUUGGAUGGGCUUCUGCACUUCCUUUUGUUGCUGCUGUGGACAUUGCUAUUUCAACCACCAUUGCUAAGGACAUGGUCCUAUGUGUACCAAAGUGGUAUCAGAGCAUGAGGAUGGACAGGAGUGUAGUUUAACAAAAUGUCAGUUCUCUCAUGACUAAGUCAGCAACAAAUGCUUGAGAGAAUCCCAGAGAUUUAAGCCAAGAUUGAGGCACUCUCUUCCACCCGAAAGGAUGGAGAAGCAUACUUUGCCGCUUCUUGGAAGCACUCAGGGGGAAGAGGACAGCAAGAGGGAAAUCACUGUGAUCGUCGCAUGUACUGUAGAAGAAGAUAGAGAAGUUAUUAUGGAUUUAGAGCAAAUGGAUGAGCAAGAAACACCAGGUAUCUUACUGCAUGCCAUUAGUGCUGACCAAUGCACCCAAGGUGAAGAAGAAAUAGUGCCAGCAGGAAACAUGGGACGAUUAGCAAAAAUUGCCAGAGUUUGGAGGGAAUGGACCUGUCCAUCAGAGUUGGUUCUUAUUCAAAACUUAAGGGCUCUGUAAUUGUGCAACAAGCCUGCUAUUGAAGCAUGGGGAAAUCAAGGUUUUAUAGCUUACAAUCGUAGCUUGGUUCAAAGAGUUGAAAUUAUUUAAGUGAUGAACAAAGGAGCAUAUAGAGGAGAAAAUCAAGGUCAUAAUGUCUUUUAGGUUCCAUCCAAAGGUAAUUUUAGCUCUACAUAAGAAAUUACAGUGAAAUUUGCUAGAGCUGCUGCCAUGGAUUUUGUGUCCAAGAAAUUGAAGAAGAAAUAUAACAUCACCAGCAUGAAGCUGCUUAAACAUGGGCUGAUUCUAUAAAUGGCUGGGAGUUACUUCCUAUGCAUUCAAGUGCAAGAUAUGCACAUUAUAUUACAAACAUAGAGAAACAGUGGAGGACUGAGAUGAGAAUGAUUUCAACGUGUUCUGUUUCCAAGAGCCUUGAAGACAGGACAUCCCUAAUGACACACCAUGUAUUGAAUUUACUUCUGAACUUCAUUUUGUCAUGUUGCAUAUUGUUCACUAUGUACACCUUGUUCAUUUUAUUGUUGCUGCUCGUUUGCUUUAUAGUAAUUGUAUUUUAAGUAA